CUUUCUUUCUCUCUCUAUAAAUCUUCUCUUCUGUGUCACUUUUGUCAACAAAAAAAUCAGAACAAAACUCCCCAAAAUCCGUUUCUCUUACCUUCAAUUAAUACCAAAACCAUUUACAUUUUUUUCUCUCUUCUUCCUCUUUCUUUUUCUUCUUCAACUCCAAAUUCUCUCUAUCUUGGACCAUAAAAAAAAACUUCAACUUUUUUAGUUUCAUGGAGCAUUUAUAAAACCCAGAAGUGUCAAUCAAUUCCAUCUUGCAUUUUCUAGCUUAAAAUAUUGAGUAGGUGCAAUUUGUCCAUAUCCUCCAACCCUUUCAAUUUCACAGAUUUUGCUCUUGAUUUUCCUCUUUCCAUGAAAAAUGUUCCAAAUCUAGUUGCAGAGGUCACCUUGUUUGAUUGAACAACAUAACCCAAAAUAAAAAUAUGAUCUUUUGUGUUUUGUGUGUCACACUCUUGUUUACAAUGAGAGAGACUUGAGAGCUUCCAAUAUAUCCAAAACAGAAAAUCUCCUUAAACCCCAUUUGCUUCAUCGGCUGUUUUCUCUGCAUUUUCUCUCACUUUCUCGAGAAAAUCACUCACAAACGACAAUGCCCUCUUCCAUCUCUUCCUCCUCCUUUUCAACCUCUUCCUUCACGUGCUUCUCUGCAACUUCUCCAUCCAACCUGCAACGCUUUCUUCAAUGUGUCACUCCUCGUGUUCCUUCUCAGAUUCUACCGAAGAGCUGCUUUAAUGAUCUAAAUCCACUCUGGCAGCCUCUUGGCAAGGAGAAAGUUGAAUACUUCACUCUUCAAGACCUUUGGGACUGCUACUAUGAAUGGAGUGCGUAUGGUGCUGGUACUCCAGUGAUGUUGGAGGAUGGUGAGACUGUGACUCAGUACUAUGUUCCAUACCUAUCUGCUAUCCAAAUCUACAGCAACAAGUCUGUUGCAGCAUCUCGCAACCGGAGAGAGGAUAGUGAUGGAGUUGAAUUUGAAAGUGAUUCCUGGAGUGAGGAUAGUUCAAGUGAUAACCUUUCUAGAUCAUUGAGUAACAAUUCCAGAAAAUCUUGGGAGGAUGCUGUUUCUGAGGAUUCAUGCUGUGAUCAGGAGGGUUCCUGGCUAAGGGAUAACAAGCUUGGCUACCUUUACUUACAGUACACUGAGAUGGCUUCUCCUUACUCAAGGGUUCCUCUUGCUGAGAAGAUUGAUGAGUUAGCUCGAACCCAUCCUGCAUUACUGACAUUGAAGAGUGUUGAUCUUUCCCCAGCAAGUUGGAUGGCUGUUUCUUGGUACCCAAUUUAUACUGUCCCAAGCCGAAACAAUGAAAAGGAAUUGGAAGCAUGCUUCCUCACUUACCAUACUCUGUCAUCAUCUUUCGAAGGUAUCUGUCUGCCCCCAUUGCGCCCCUGUGGCUCAUCCCCCUCUUCUGCCCUUGUUCUCCUCACUCUCUUGCUCUCG